AAAUUACGGAGCGACUCUAAACUACUGUUUUGUUUGCACUUCGUCUGAGCGCUGGCUGUCAAAUGGCGUGAAAUUUAGGAUAAACUGGGAAAAAGUACUACCUACAAAAUGGCAUUAUUCCGGGAAAACUUCUGGGGUCUGAACGGGUUUGAAGAACUGAGGAAAUACAUCAAACAGGGAAGUGAGUUCUGUAAAGAAGUGGUGGCCAUCCUACAAGAACGAUCCGACCUAGAAAAUAAUUAUGCCAAAAAUUUAACACGACUGAGCAUCAAAUUAAACAAAGCAGCCAGUAACAGCUUGGGCACACUGGCGGCAGGCUGGAAUGCUGUGGCGACACAGAUGGAAAAUGAAGCAGAUCUGCACAAGAACCUGGCCACAUCAUUACAUGAUGACAUUUGUAAACCACUCAAGUCCCUUAUAGAAGAGCAACACAAGGCUAGAAAGCCUGUAGAGUCUAUGGUUGAAAAGUCCCUUAAGUGUCUGCUGGAUAGACGCAAUGAAGAGAGUAAGUGCAAAAAGAGCUGCUUUUCUUCUGCGAAAGAUUUCGAGAGGUCACAAGAUGCAUUGUUAAAUGGAAGACUUGGGAAAGGAAAGUCAUUAUCAGAAAGAGACAUUAGUAAGCUUGAAAAGAAAACUAAAGUGUCUCUGAACAGUUUGCGGAAGGCUGACAAAGAUUACACGGAGGCCAGCCAGAAAGCAGAACAGGUGCGUCAGGACUGGGAAGUCUCUGUGGCCAAGGGGAGUGGCCAAAUGCAGGAGAUAGAAGAGGAGAGGAUAAGGAACAUGCAGGACUAUCUCAACAAAUACAACAGUUUUGUCUCGUUAUUGGGGCCAAAGUUAACACAGGCUUGUGCUAAGCUACAUGAAGCAGUGAUUUCAGUAGACCUUGAAGUAGACUUGAGAACUGUCAUUCAACAGAAAGGCACUGGACCGAACCAGCCAGAACAAAUUCUAAUUGACUGUUAUGCAGAAGAUAUGUCAUUUAACAUGAACAAGGACAGGAGGAGAGACGCAUUAACCAGUUAUUUAUUAACACUGCAGCAGUCUAUAGAAAGAGAACGGAAAGCCAAGGAAGGUGUGGAGAAGUUAAAGGAAGUGUAUCAGAACCGUCCGAACUUUGCUGACCAAGAAGCUCAAGAGGACACCCGACAGAAACUGAUUGGGACAACUUACACGUUAAACUUGUUGGAGGCCUCCCAUUACAAGAUCUGUUCAGCACUGGCCAGUAUAGAUGGGCGAGCCAAACCUCAACACAGGUUCUCUCAAUAUAUCGAGCAGUCUAAAGACAAACAGGGCUUACCGCUAAGCUUAUUAAAGUUACCGCUGAAUCUGGCCAUGGAGGGGACAGGCUAUGACCUAACCCCGAUGAGCAUGGACUCUCCGGGAUCACAGUCUUAUGACAUGAUAGAUGAUGGCGACCCUGACUUUGAUGAUGAUUUUGAGGAUGAGGACACGAUUAUUGGGAAAUGCCGAGUUCUUUACGAGUAUCAGGCCAAUCAGAGUGACGAACUCUCCAUUCGACCAGGGGAGGUAAUCAACAUUUACGAGAAGCAGGACGAUGAUUGGUGGCAAGGAGAACUGCGUGGAACGGUGGGAAUAUUCCCGGCGAACUAUGUGCAGGAAAUGCGCUAGUUGCCAUGGAAACUUGCAAAGGAGAAUUCAUUUGCGUUUUGUCAGCUUUGCUCACCCUCUCAGUCUCUCUGGCCCGGAGUCUUCUGAACCGUUUGAACCAGGCUGAGAGAUAGUGACUUUGUACAUCAUACACCCCUUUGGAUUAAAAUGGAAUGUGCUGUGGGAUGUGUGAUGUAGGGAUUACCAGCGAAGAUGACAUUUAACCUUUCAUUAUGGACUGUGCCACCUUUGCACAGAGGGAAGGGUGUGUGUUUCAGCUGAACUUUUUUCCACAAUUGGCAGGAUGGACUUGUAUAGCUGUAUACAGUAUAUAAUGUUUAGAAUGUACAUACAUGUUUGACACGUAAGUAUUGUAAAAUACCUCUAAUGUAUAUCCGUAAGCCUGCUGCCAUUACAAUUUGCAGGAUUUGGGUCAUUUUGAGACAUUUUCUUAGUACAUGUAGCACAUACAAUACAUAGUAAUUAAGCUUUCAGUUGAAGCAGCAUUCUGUGUUAAAGUUUUUUUUUCAUUUUUAAACUCUUUUUACUAUUAAUUCAUUGUUUUAUGACUUCUUUUGAAUUUUUUUUAUUGCCUAACAUUUUUUUUAAAUUGAUACAGUUUGUAUUUCACUGUCUUAAACAGGGACAGGAUUCCAUAAAAGGGGAUUUGAAAACUACAAUCACAAAGAAAAGUUGAACCAAAUGACAAAAUAGAUUAUCAUACAACCUUUUGGAGAAUUGUGGUUGAAACAAGCAGAGCCCUAGUUUUCACUUGUAAUAUAUAACAGCAACUCCUGAAAGUGACAAGUAAUUUUAUUUCUUUUAGUAUAUGAAUUGGAAACUAAUACAUUUAUAUGCAUCAUAAUUUGGUUAAAUUCAAUCACAUUUUAUUCAAGAUCGUGUUUUUAGAAUAUAAUAAUUUUGCAAACUUACAUUUUUAACAUCAUCUGUGAAUUCAAGUUUCAUUUUUCAUUUUGAGAUCUGAUCAGAGAGUCUGUGUUUUAGCAGAUUUAUGAUUGUCAAGUGUCAUUUUUUUUUUCCUUUUCAUUUUGUUUUACUAACAGAUCUGUGGAUUUUAGGUAUUAAAAGAAUCUAUGUUAUUUUUAGCUGAGUGUUUUUGCUAAAGAGCAUAUUACAAAAUUUUGCUUAAUGUUUUAAUUGUCAAGAUGUCAUUAAUAGAAACUACAUAUAUGAGAAAGACUUUGCAUUAGAAGUGGCAAAGCUUGUCUCAGCACACUAAAAAGUGAAGAACCACAUAAGGAAAUACCUGACUUUACAGUUGUUUACAUGCUAACUAUACAGCAGCAGUUGGCAAUUACUUUUUUUUAUUUCAUGAAAUAAUGCUAUAUACAUAUAUCUGAUUAAAACCUUUUAAUUCAAAUGAGUAAAAUCCCAGUGUCAAACGAAGGAA